AGUGUUUGUUCAAACGUGAGCUCGGCUACUACAUACGCAGGACGAUAAAUAAAAUAUCUUCAAAAUGCGUGCACUUGUGUUCGCUGUACUUCUGGCGAGCACGUAUGCUAAUGACACCCAAUAUGUGAAGUCAGUGAAAGGGGGCCAAAACGGUUAUCAGUACAGAGGAGGAGACAUCAGCAGAUUUUAUGGCAUGAAUAACACACAGACAGCCUCCGGCUUAAGUCAUGGACAGACAAUUAAUUUUGAAGUCGGUGUAUGUUAUAUAGAAGUACCCACAGCCAGUUUGGUUAGAGAUCCAUCGCAUAUUCCAGCCGGAAAUGGAUCAAGACCCGAUCUUAGCCGCAUCAGGACAUGCUGCAAAGGCUAUCAGAGGAACGUUUACAAUUUCCGCAUCUGCGAUCCAGUCUGUUCCAAAGGCUGCGUAAACGCCCUCUGCACUGCUCCAGAAACCUGUACAUGCUACCCAGACCACGUCAAGAAUCUGGCGGGCUUCUGUGUAGCCACUUGCCCUAUCGGAUGCCAAAACGGUCAUUGUUCAGGCGGUGAAUGUCUCUGUAAUGAAGGCUACAAACUGGACAUUGACAGCAAGUUCUGUAUGCCUAGCUGUGCAGCAGAAUGCGAUCGGAUUGGAAAUUGUACAGCUCCACACACUUGUGAAUGCAAGCACGGAGACACGCAUCCGGUUUGCGGUUCAAAUCCUAAAGUACCAGGAAACGUACAACCUUCAUUUCCAAAACCGAAUUAUCCUCAGUAUGGCAACAAUAGACCCAAUCCGGGCGACACUGUUUAUUACAAUCCUAAUCAAGCUCCAAAUUUACCUUUGUAUCCUUAUAACCAACAUAAAAAUGAUACCCUGAUUCCGAACCAAAACUCAUCUCCAACACCAACUCCCUUCCCACAUGGCCAGCCUAAUACUCCUAGCUCUUCAAAUCUAGGUCCAAAUCCGCAUCAACCCAACCAAGGACAAAUUCCCCAAUAUGGACAACACCCACCAUAUUCGACGUAUCCAAUCACCCAAAAUAUUACAAAUCCGUAUAAUUACCCCUUAUAUCCAAAUAAUCAAAUAACUCCAAAUUCUAAUAAUGCACAACUCCCACAAAACCCCACAAAUCCGUUUUCACAAAACUCUAAUGGACCCACUCAAGGACCAUACUACCCUCCCGUUCAAGCGCUGAACGUUUCUAUUUCCCCUCAAUACCCUCUUUAUCCGGGUAAUCAAAUGGGUCUUAAUAACAAUCCAAAUCAGAACGGUAAUAAUCCGAAUUACCCUUCAAGCAAUCAAGGUCCUCAUAACAUGUAUCCUUACAACCAAGGAGGUUAUCCUUAUCCUCAAGGGUCAAACCAACCUCAUCAACCAGGGUACCAUUAUAAUCAAAAUCUACAUCCUAAUCCUUAUCCACAGCCUGAUAUACAAAAUACACCUUAUGGACAAAACUCAUAUGGUAGUAAUUCCUUUAACCAGAAUUCAUAUGACCAAACUGAAGAUAUGUCAACAUGUUCUGGGCCCUGUACCAAUGGAUUUUGUGCAGAAAAUAAUCAAUGCAAAUGCAAUCCUGGAUAUGUUGUGGACGAGGAUGAUACAACCGGUAGAAGGUGUCGACCACAUUGCCCCGGCGGGUGCCCUAAUGGAUACUGUGCAGCGCCUUAUUCCUGCGUAUGUAACGAAGGUUAUCAUAAGGAUACCAGCGUCAAAGGUCGCCCACUCUGCAUAAAAAGAAUCCGAAGAUCGGCUGACAAGGAGAAACCUGUAAAUGUUGCAGAGCUUCUGAUUUUUGAAAUCCCAGAUUACAGCGAACAAUAGACUAUUAGAUUUACAUUAAAUAAUGUGCCAUGUUAAUUAAAAAGAAUUGCGAUUUUAUUUAUUACUCAGAUUUGCUUUACUUCUUUACAAAAACAGUUGCCGUUAUUGAAUAAAUAUAA